CUAACGUGAUGGAUGCUGUCUCUAAUUCUGGCCUCCAAUUCCGCCACCGGGAUCGAAUGGGGUCUUCCGUAGAUCUCCAAGACAUGCAUCCCAAGCUGUCGGCUCCAACUGCUUGUUCGGUUAUCGCUGAUAAGAUAAACUUCACAUUUGGAGACUCUUACCUACGUAGCGUUGCACGGGCUACAUAUUUAAACGGUCUCUUCUUCCGGAAAAUUAACUGGAGAAGAAACUGUCAUUCUUUCGUACACUCAUAAUCCAAAAUGCGCGCCACGACCUUAACUUCCGCUCUUCUUCCCCUCUCAGUCAACGCGAGAGAUAUCGUCUUCCCCCCAGUCGCAGGCGUUGAAUCGGAGCAAUUCCUCCUCGGGCAACCUAACAAGAUCGACAUCACAACUGGUAGCCAAUUCUCCGGUCUCACCACGUUCGCCCGCAUUCCCUAUGUCAAUUGCUUUGUUGACAACGAGGCCGAGUCAACCCCGUACGACAUUGCCAUCCUUGGCGCUCCAUUUGACACCGGCGUCACUGCUCGCCCGGGAGCAAGAUACGGACCCGGAGGAAUACGCCUUGGCUCUCGUCGCAUCCAAGGAUGGAACAUCUACACCGAGCAAAAUGUCUUUGAGAGCUGGGCGAAGCUGGUGGAUUGCGGGGAUGCGCCGUUGACAUGGUUGGACAAUACGGUUGCUUUGAAGCAGCUUGACCUUGCGCAUAAGGUUGUUUCUUCUCGCGCGACAAACAGUACGGACCAUGGGCGCACGCCUCGAAUUGUGACUCUGGGCGGAGACCAUACAACGACGCUGUCGGCUUUGAGAUCCACUUAUGAGCAUUUUGGGCCGGUGUCGGUGAUUCAUUUUGAUAGUCAUAUUGAUACAUGGGAUCCUAAGGUGCUAGGUGGCGGAAUAUCUCAUUAUGCCGGCGUCAACCAUGGGACUUUUCUACACCUCGCACACGAAGAAGGCCUCAUCCACAACAAUUCCAUCCACGUCGGCAUCCGAGCCCCCCUCAACCGCGGUAAAGGCGAUAUUAGAAACGAUGUCCGCUGCGGUUUCUCAACAAUCAAAGCCCGCGACCUCGACCGUCUUGGUGUAGCCGGUGUUGUGGAGGAAAUCAAAUCCCGGGUUGGGAACAGCAAGGUCUAUAUCUCGGUCGACAUUGAUGUCUUGGAUCCGGCAUUUGCGCCAGCAACCGGCACAGCAGAACCCGGUGGACUCACGACACGCGAACUCCUCACUAUUCUAGACUCUCUUCGCGGUCUCCCGAUUAUCGGUGCAGACGUCGUCGAAGUAGCCCCAAUAUACGACACCGCUGCCGAAACUACUACCCUAGCAGCAGCGGAGGUUGCGCACUCUUUGCUUGGUCUUAUGGUGCACACUCCAUUGGCUAAUUAAAAGCAAGUGUGUAAUAGUUUUAGAUGGAGUGUGACACAGCCAAGAAAAGCAUGUGGUACCUGCGGUUCCUAUAAAUACCAAUCAUUACCCCAGCAGCUCAUCGCAUCUUUCCACAGAAAAUACCUCCAUUAUACUUAUGUAUUCAGCAUCAAAGGGAAAGAACAACCCACGUCGGUUGCACCUUCCUGUUGUAUAGAUCAAUAUCCCAAUAAGGCAGGCGUGAACAAGGAUUGGUCGUACC